AUGCAAGCCCCAUUCUGUAGAGACUGCUUUACCGGCACUCUCCGUGGAGACAUCACUCCGGUCGGCACGGAGCAGACUGUCCACAACGUGCCUUCCUAUGUCUCUCUUCCACCUGAAGGUGCCCGUUCCCUCGGCACAGUCGUAAUAAUCACCGACGCCUUCGGCUGGAAGCUGCGAAACACCCGCGUUCUUGCCGAUGCAUACGCACGGCAUGUGCCUUGCACAGUCGUUGUUCCCGACUUUCACAAAGGAACCUCACUCACCGAGAAGUUCCUCAUCCUGGCAGACGCCCUCCCCACAGCCAACAUCUUCACCAAAAUCUGGACCUACGUCCGUGUUGUCCCGGAGCUCGUCAGGUUCCUCCUCUAUAACCGAUACGCCGUCGCUGCUCCCCGAGUCAAUACCUUUUUCCAUUACCUUCGACAAGAGCUUGGCCCGUCAGGCAAAAUUGGCGUGGCUGGCUUCUGCUGGGGAGGGCUGUACACAAUCCGCCUUACCCACAUGUCCCCACCUCUGGUCAACUGCGCAUUCACUGCCCACCCGUCCCUGAUCUCCGUUCCGGCUGAUAUUGACAAGGUAAAGGAUGACACACCGCUCAGCAUCGCAAACGGAGAUGACGACCAGUACCUAAGGCAUGCUAAGAUGGAGACGGUGGUGAAAAUGUUGCGGGAUAGAGAAAGACACGAGGUGGUGGUGUACUGUGGUUACGUACAAAAGUUUUGCCCCCUUGUCAAGUACCGCCCAGGGCCUUGUUUUUUUGGCUAG